AUGGAAAAUAUAUUUAUCUUUGGAGUAAUAACGUUUAGGAUUGUAGUAUUAGUUACAUAUAUUUAUUUAAAAAAUAAUUAUAAUAUAUUAGCAAACAUAAAUGCUUAUUUUUUAUUUUACUCCAUUUCAUUCCUUCUGUACUUAUUAUCUUCAUUAUGUAACCCUGGUUAUAUUACUGCUUGCCCUACAAGAUAUAUAUCCAGAGAUAUAGUGGAUAAAUUUAAAAAAAAUAUAUAUAAUCGAAAAAAUACAGAAAAAACACAAUCUUUUUACAAUUUUCCCACAAGCGAUGAAGAUAAGUCUACUAUUUCGAAUAUAACUUCUUCGGCUCCAUCAUUAGCUUUAAACAUAUAUGACGAAUUAACAAGUUUGACAAUUCUUCAUAACCUCCCAAAUGACAUAGUUUUAACCGAAAAAUAUAUUAAAAAAAAAGAAAAAUAUAAAAAGUUUAACAAUUUAUCUAGUUACAUUCACAACAAUUAUGAUAAGGAACAAAUGACUACAUUCCUAGUUAAGAAUAAAUAUAAUAAAAAAAAUAUAAAUACCAAACUAAACAAGAUUUAUUUUGAAUUUUUUCUAAAACGAAAAAAGAAGCUUUCAUUAUACGCAAAAAACAUAAAAAAAAGAAAAAAAAAAAUAUACAAAUAUAAACCAGUUUUUAUAAACAAUGUUAAUAAAAUUAACAACACCAAAAUAAAUAUUUUCAAUAAAGUGACUCGAAAAACAACAAAUAUUAUUAAAACAGAGACAAGCAAAUAUUAUGAUUCUGCCUUAUAUAAAAUAAAUAGCAGCAAUAUUAUAUUUUCAAAAAAUAUAAAACAUGAAAAAAAUAGCGCCCUAACAAAUCCUUUUCAUAUAUAUCGAGACAAUGUUUAUCAAUAUAACACAAAACUUAACUAUUGUAUCCAAUGUGACCUUGUGCAGAUGUUACGAAGUAAACAUUGUAAAUAUUGUAAACAAUGUAUUAAAACAUAUGAUCAUCAUUGUCUUUGGAUUAAUAAUUGCGUAGGAGAAAAUAAUCGAUUGAUUUUCUUUCUAUACUUAUAUUUUGAAAAUAUUACGAUUUUUCUAACAUUAAGGCAUAUCAUUAAAGUUGUAUAUUCUUUAGUUACUCGAACCAGGUACAUACUUCUUUGUUGGCUAGUUGUAUUGAUUUUUAUUCUAGCUAUUUUUUUGAUAAUAAUUUUUUUUUUAGCAUUAUAUCAUACCCACCUUUGUAUGGUUAAUGAAACAACUUGGGAAAAUUUAAGUCGAGAUAUUUUAACAGAAUUUGAAAAUAAUAAAGAAAAAGAAAAAUAUAAUAACACUUUUUUUUUCAUAAGCUAUACUAAAAAUAUUUUUAUUUAUUUUUUUUACCUCCCCAUUCGUUUUUUUAUACCUACAAAAAUUAAAAAGCAAUUAUUACUUUUCAUUUUUCAUAAAAUCGGCAUAAAUUUGGGGAUUGAUGAUGAAAUUAUAUGGCGCCCCACAAAAAAUAAAAGACCCAAAUUAUUAAGUAAUUUUUUCCCUAAUUUAUAUUUCGCAUCUAAGAAUAAUUUUAUUAAGCUUGUGAAAAAACGAAUUUUAUAA